CGUGAAGAAGAAGAAGAGGCACGGUGAGGAAGAAGAAAAAGCCCCUCACCCAGUAAUGUCUGAAUAAGUGAAGAUAAGUGACUUUAUUUCAGUUUAGAAAAUUACGUAACACGAAAAGGAAGGUGUGUGAAUAAGAAGAAGGGAGGAACGAGAGAAGGAGGACCUAAAAAGCGAUACAAAGCGUUACAGGUUAAAAGAAGAAGAAGAAAAAGAAGAAGACCCCACGUUCUCCGGCCAGCCCAGGACCCAGACAUUGAAGGCUUAGCAGCAGCAGCAUGGGGGCCCAGCAGGAGAACAUGGACACCAGCGUGAUGGGGGAGGAGGAGAAGGACGGCGAGGUGACGUACGAGGAGAAGCUCAACUACGUCAGCAUCAUCGCCAAGCCCAUGGCCUCCAAGAAGCUCGCCGGCAGGAUCUACAAGCUGAUCAAGAAGGCCUCGAAACACAAGACCUUUUUAAGGGAUGGAUUAAAGGAUGUUCAGUCAAGGCUGAAGAAAGGAGAAACUGGAAUUGUCAUCUUUGCUGGAAAUGUUUCCCCCAUUGAAGUCAUGUGCCACCUCCCUGCAAUUUGUGAGGAGAAGGCAAUUCCCUACAUAUACACCCCAUCCAGGGAAGACUUGGGAGCUGCCAUGGGGACUAAAAGAGGCUCCCUUGUUGUCAUGGUCCGAGAAAACGGUGAAUAUCAGGAAGCGUAUGACAAAGUGUUAGAUGAAAUCAACAAAGUUCCUAAGGUUUAUUAACUUUUUAUAACAUACAUUAAUUUUAAGUACAGUAUAAUUAUUUGAAUAAAAGUAAAAUAUUUAA